AUGACGUCCAUGGGCGGGAACCGAGCCCGGGGCAGCUGGGAGCAGACACAGGGCCAGACACAGAGCCAGACACAGCACAAGCAGAGGCCUCAGGCCACCGCAGAGCAGAUUCGACUCGCUCAGAUGAUUUCAGACCACAACGAUGCAGACUUUGAAGAGAAAGUUAAACAGCUGAUUGACAUCACAGGCAAGGACCAGGAUGAGUCUAUGAUUGCACUGCAUGAUUGCAAUGGGGAUGUCAACAGAGCCAUUAAUGUGUUGCUGGAGGGAAGCCCAGACACUAGCUUGUUAUUGCUGACCUUUGUCGUGACUCCUGGGAAAUGGUCGGGAAGAAGAAAGGUGUGUCGGGUCAGAAGGAGAACAACCAAGGAGAAGCUGGAGAGGAAGGGAAAGAAAACAGAGACAAAGGAGGAGAGAAAGACGCUGCACGUCGUCGUGGUGGGGCUCCACGUAGGGGCCGUGGAGCCAGCAGGGGACGGGAGUCAAGUAACGUUUAAAUGUAAUGAAAUAUUCUCCUCAUCACUCAAGUUCGUGGCCAGGAGAAUGGCUUGGAUGGGGGUAAAGCUGGAGUGGUGGGGAGAGGAGCAGAGCGAGGCCGAAGGGGUAAAGGCAGAGGGAGGGGAGCUAUUGGAAUAUCCGGACGGCGAGGUGGCAGAUUUUCCGCGCAGGGCAUGGGGUAUCCUGUUAGCCCAGAUUGAUAAGGGCUCCAGAUAUGAUAUUGCAGGAGGUGAGAGAACAUUCAACCCUGCGGACUAUGCAGAGCCAGCCCAGACAGAGGAAAACUAUGGAGGGGGCAGUACCUGGAACAACACAGGAAGCAUGGAGUUGGAGGAAGGAGCGCGGAUGGAAUACUCUGCAGGAGAGGGGACAAACUACCCACCUAAGUUUGACUCUGCUCUGGGUGCCUGGAGGUCUGCUCCAGAGGAGUGGGGUACUGAGGACUGGAACGAGGAUCUGUCAGAGACCAAGAUAUUCACCGCCUCCAGUGUGGCAUCAAUGCCUCUGCCUCAGGAGAACGUCACAAUCACCAAAGGACAGAGGAUUGAUCUUGCAGUCCUGUUAGGAAAGACUCCCCAAUCUUCCUCCUCUGAGACAGAAAACGCCCCCAUUGAGGCUAACCAGCCCCCCUCUUUGCCCCAGUCACUGGUUUUUAGCAACUCCAAGCAGGGGGUACCACUUUCCCAAACAUCUUCCAACACCCCUUAUGCUCCGCACAGCAUGGUCAGCAUGCUGAAUAAGGGAUUUGGGGAAGUUGGGGACCCUAAGGGAGCUAGCACAGGGACCACUGGCUCCCAGUUUCUGGAGUAUAAAACAGCCCAGGCACUGGCCCAGCUGGCAGCCCAGCACCCUCAGACUGGACCUCCCAACACAGCGCCCUCAUCCUGGGACACCAGUGCAGCCUCACUGGGACAGUAUGAUAUGAAGACACAGCCAGAGUCUGGGAUCCACACACCCUUUACAAAGCGGCAGCCUUACCAGGCCGCCACCUCAACCUCGUCCAUGUUGGAUGUUUUCCUGCAGGACAAAGGGCUGCCUCCUUCCUCUGUCUCCUCAUCUUCUUUACCACAACAAACAACUUCCUCGGCCCAUGUGGUGCCACCCCCUGCUUCCUCCCUUCCCAAAAUGGCAGCAGUCUCUUCUCUAGGUCAACAAGUGUCCCCAAAUUCCUCAGAUGCCCAUGGUUCAAGUCCACUGCCUUUGCAGCAACACAAACUCAAACAGCAGAAGAAGAGGACGUCCAUUACUACUAAGAUUCCAGCUAUGGCGGUAGAAAUGCCCGGAUCCACGGACAUUUCCGGCCUCAAUCUUCAGUUUGGAGCGCUGCAGUUCGGGUCAGAACCAGUCCUGCAAGAUUAUGAGCCCACCCCAGCCACAUCAACACCAGGCAACCAGGUUCAGAACAGUCUCUACUCGAGCCCCAACAGUGAGUCGACCCCAGCUCUGUCCAACUCCGGCCAGAUGGACAUGUACGACCAGAGAGCAUCUCAGGCGCGGCGUUACCCCACAUCAGUGUCCUCCUCUCCUCAGAAGGAUAUGCAGCCAAAGAAUGGCUUCAGUUCAAUACAAACAACGCAAUCUGUGGAAGCGGGCUCUGCAGUAUCAGUCAAGCAGACCUCUGACUCGGUCACGCCGGCAUCGGUCUCCAGCAUGGGCACUUUAGCAGACAGUGGCUCAGGCCCUGCCUCUUUGCUAACUUCAUCCAAUCAGACAUCACUCAGUGCUCUCGGGCACAAUGAAGACCUGCCACCAAGCACCAUCCCCCCUCCACAGCACAACAACUCUCAUCCAUCACAACAGAACAGCCUUGUUCCAUCUUCAGUUCGGACAUCCAACUCAACCUUACUGCAUCCCGGUGUAGACGGCGACUCGAGCCUGCAUUCCCCUUUCACGUCUUCAGUCUCGGCUGUGCCAUCAUCGGCCCCCUCCUCCUCUUCUUCUGUGGGUGCGGUGCAGGCGUCGCUCGGAGCCCCUCAGGCCUCCUCGGUGGGCCCUGCCACCGUCUCGGCUCCCUCCGGCCUUGGCCCCGGCAGCAGUCUCGCGAUGGGGCUUAACGUCGUCUCCAUGGGUGCCCCGUCAGCAGUCCCCACCAACGUUUCAGUCUCCACAACGUCCUCAGCCAUUCCAUCUUCAGCCAACUCUUCAACCACACGCAGUUCUGCAGCAUCCUCAGGGAAAGCGCCUCCGAACCUGCCACCUGGAGUGCCCCCUCUACUGCCCAAUCCGUACAUCAUGGCUCCCGGUCUACUGCAUGCCUACCCUAUGUACGGCUAUGAUGACCUCCAGAUGCUGCAGACGAGAAUACCGCUGGAUUACUACAGCAUCCCAUUUGCAACUCCCACGACGGCACUGACUGGCAGAGAAGGCAGUCUGACUACCAACCCAUACUCCGGGGAUCUGUCAAAGUUUGGUCGAGGCGACGCGUCGUCCCCAGCCCCGGCCACCACGCUGGCUCAGACCCAGCAGAACCAGACCCAGACGCACCACACCACGCAGCAGCCCUUCCUGAACCCGGCGCUGCCGCCCGGCUACAGCUACACCAGCCUCCCCUACUACACCGGCAUGCCGGGCCUGCCCAACACCUUCCAGUACGGCCCUGCUGUGUUUCCGGUGGCUCCUACCUCGUCAAAGCAGCACGGAGUGAAUGUCGGCGUCAAUGCCUCGGCCACUCCCUUUCAGCAGGCUAGUGGCUACGGUUCCCAUGGAUACAGCACUGGCUAUGAGGAUGUGGGCCAGGCUUCAGGGAGUGGGGAUUUCUGUAAGGGCGGAUACGGCACUGCCGUGGCCGCCGCUGCUUCUGCACAAAACAAGCCAGCCAGCUCUGUCAGCGGGCCUGGAGUCGGAGUUUCUGUGACGUCUAGCAACACGGGGGUACCAGAUAUUUCAGGGUCCGUUUACACGAAGACGCAGUCGUUCGAUAAGCAGGGUUUCCACGCCGGGACCCCGGCGGCGUCCUUCAGCCUGCCCUCGGCUCUGGGCAGCGGCGGCCCCAUCAACGCCCCGGCCGCCGCCGGCUACGCCCCGGCCCCCUUCAUGCACAUCCUGGCCACUCACCAACAGCCCCACUCCCAGAUCCUGCACCACCACCUGCAGCAGGACGGGCAGAGUGGCACCGGACAGCGUAGCCAGAACGCGUCCAUCCAGCAGAAGUCUCAGAUCAACAAGUCGGCCUACAACAGCUACAACUGGGGGGCCAACUAACACCCGCCCACCGGGCCUCCCCCCACCGGGCCCAAAGGGGGAGGCUCGCCCCUCUUUCAGCAAGCGGUCUCCCCCGUCUAAAGUCCCUCCUCCUCCCGCAGAGACCCCCCCCCCCCGGCCCCUUGGUCCCGCCGUCCCUGGCGGCGGUCAGAGGGGCUGCUGGGCCGAGGGGGCGCGGCACUGC